AUGGCACCACACACUCUCACCCUAGACGACUCGUUUACACUCUUAAGACGUUCAGAGUACUGCGAAACAGCCUAUGACUCUUCCUGCACAACGCACCGCACCAUCAUCCUCGUCAUCAUCAUUUUCGUCGGUGCCUUUGUCGGCGUCAUACUCAGCUUGGUGUACGUGCGAAGUCGCAGUCGCAGAUACGCUCGAGAACGCGCUGUGCGCGCCAAUGGUGGGCUGGGAGAUGGGCUCAAAGUGCUCAGAACUGAAGAUGGCGUGGCGACAGUGAGAUUCCCGUCUGGAAGGACGAUCAGGGGGAAGACGGGGGGUUGGGAUGAGAAAGGCGCAUUCGAGGCGUCACCACCACCAUAUAUGCCGAGAGUACCUGAGGUUGCCAGAGUGUAUCGUUGA